AAGAAUCUUCUCUUCUUUCUCUGAAGAGCGCAUUGUACGUUCUAUGAUUAUGGCUAUGGAGAUAGGCGACCAACAAUUCAGAGACCUUACGUUAGAGUUUAAAGGGCAUGAAAUCAUGCUAAAAAUAGAGAGAGAAUCAUCAUCCUCUCUUUCUCUCAUUUUCCCUCCCUUUCCUUUCUUUCCAUCAUCAACAUUAUCAAGCCGGACAAAAGAUGAGCUUCAUUGACAUUCUAUUCAGAGUUGAUGAAAUCUGCAAGAAAUACGAUAAGUACGACAUGGACAAGCACCGCGAGCUUAAUGCCUAUGGCGAUGAUGCUUUCGCUCAACUCUAUGCCUGUGUCAAGUCUGACAUCGAGGCCGCUCUCCAUAAAUCUGAGUUGGCUGCAAUGGAGAAGAACAGGGCUUCUGGUACGGCAAUGAACGCAGAGGUUCGUAGGAUUAAGGCUCGAUUGAUGGAUGAACUUCCUAAGCCGAAAAAAUUGGCUCACAAGAAGGUCAAAGGGCUUUCAAAAGAAGAAAUAGGAAUCCCUCCUGAUCUGGUUCUUGCAUUGCCAGAGAGGAUACAAGCCAUACCAGAUGGGACCACAGUAGCAGCCAAACAAACUGGAGGAUGGGCAGGAUCAACACCUAAUAAAAAUGUCAAGUUUGACUCAUCAGAUGAACACCUUCAAGAUGAUUUUUUCCAACAAAGUGACGAAUCAAGUCAAUUUAGACACAAGUAUGAAAUGCGGAAUUUAAAACAGGAUCAAGGUCUUGAUUUUAUAUUGGAAGGAUUGGACACACUGAAGAAUUUGGCUCACGAUAUGAAUGAGAUUCUUUCUCUUAUUCAUGAAGAAUCUUUGAAGUAGCAUCUAAGGAGGAAGAACACUCAAAGGCAUCUCAAGAUGAAUCCAUGAUGAGAAAGAACAAGAUUAUGAAAGCUAAGACUCAAAGUAAAGGUAUGAAAGUCACAGAGUUAGAAAUUGAGUCUUAGGACUUAUAUAAAAAGAAUAGAUGAUAGUAUGAGUUAAAUGGAGCUCAAAAUUAAUUUUUUCUUUCAAUUACUUUAUAAAAUUUUUUCUCAUCAUGACCUUGGAUAUAUAA